AACAAAGCCGGCUGGUGUUUGAAAAUGAAUGGUACGCUGCUCAAGUUGUAGAAACAGUGAGCUGUUGGCGCAUCUGUGUGUGAAGGUUUAGCGACAAACGGCAAUUACAGCGAGGGAAACAGGAAAAGAGGAAGAUUCAAGAGAAAACCUCAAACACAAACCGGGAAAAAAGAAAUCAAGCAAUGCAAUUGACUGUGUGUGAGCCCACCGUCAUGUCUGAAGCCGUGGUGAUGGAGCCUCCCCGAGCAGGCGGCUUCCUGGAGUCAUCUUGUGGUGCAGGGGACAGCGCAGCCUCCCUCGAUGACGGCAUCGUGGAUACAGCAAAUGAGUCUUCAGAGGAGGAGUCUGCAGGGGAAAGGGAAGAGGAGAUUGGUGCAUAUGAUAAAGUCACCAGCAGCACCAAGACUACAGAGGUCCCUGCUGGACAGACCUCAAACACACAAACGGUGAACGCCCAGCGCCCAAGCUCCCUGGCGGUGCCAACAGCAGGAGAGCCCGGCCUGUCGACGUCACAGGGUGACGCAAUGGUGAAGCUGAGGAUGGGGGACUCUGGGCUGGCUGCUGAGACCCCUCUGACCGUCAACCAGAUGUUCACCUCAGCUGUGGAGCGCUUUGGCGACUAUACGGCUCUGAGCUGGAAGGAGGGCGAGCAGCAGAAGAGCCUGACCUACAGAGAUUACUAUCAGAGCUGCCGCACCGCUGCCAAGAGCUUCCUUAAGCUUGGUCUGAAGCGCUACCACGGCGUCGGCAUCCUGGGCUUCAACUCUGCUGAGUGGUUCAUCUCUGACAUUGCAGCUAUUUUGGCAGGUGGGUUUGCUGUUGGCAUCUACACCACCAAUUCUCCUGAGGCAUGCCAGUAUGUAGCAGAAAACUGCAAGGCCAAUGUUAUUGUGGUGGAGAACCACAAACAGCUUCAGAAGAUCCUACAGGUUGAAGACAAGCUGCCUCACUUGAAAGCCAUUAUCCAGUACAAAGAUACACUAAAAGAGAAGAGACCAAAUCUGUACACAUGGGCGGAAUUCAUGGAGCUUGGACGCGAUGAGCCUGACGCACCCCUCGAUGCAAUCAUCUCCAGCCAGAAGCCCAACCAAUGCUGCACGCUCAUCUACACCUCAGGGACCACAGGCCAGCCCAAAGGAGUCAUGCUCAGCCAUGAUAAUAUAACGUGGACAGCGCUCUCCACUGCACGUCACGUGCGUCUGACAGACGCCCCCCAGGCUCAGGAGGUGGUGGUCAGCUACCUGCCGCUCAGCCACAUCGCUGCUCAAAUGGUCGACAUCUGGUGCACCAUGAGGGUCGGAGGGGUGACCCACUUCGCUCAGCCAGAUGCACUGAAGGGCUCUCUGGUGAACACCUUGAAGGAGGUGCGUCCCACAGCCUUCAUGGGCGUCCCACGUGUGUGGGAGAAGAUGCAGGAGAAGAUGAAGUCUGUUGGAGCCAAGUCUUCCGCUGUGCGCAGGAAACUGGCUGCCUGGGCCAAAGAUGUCGGCCUGCAGACGAAUCUGACCAAGAUGAAUCAAGGUGGAGCAGCUGGCCGCACACCGAUCAGCUAUCAACUGGCCAAAAAGUUUGUGUUCAAAAAGGUGCGUAAGGCUUUGGGCCUGGACCGCUGCAACAAGUGCUACACCGGCGCUGCUCCCAUCACCAAAGACACCCUGGAGUUCUUCCUCAGCCUGGACAUCCCCCUGUACGAGCUGUACGGCAUGAGUGAGAGCACCGGCCCUCACACCAUCUCCAUCCCUGACGCCUUCCAGCUCACCAGUUGUGGUAAAGAGAUCCCAGGGUGCCAGACGAAGCUGCACAACCCAGACGAGGAGGGUAACGGUGAGAUCUGCUUCUGGGGCCGUCACGUCUUCAUGGGUUACCUCAACAUGCCCGACAAGACGGACGAGGCUCUCGAUGCAGAGGGUUGGCUGCACUCAGGUGACCUGGGCAAACACGACCAGAAAGGAUUCCUCUUCAUCACCGGAAGAAUUAAAGAGCUGAUCAUCACAGCAGGAGGAGAGAACAUCCCUCCUGUUCCCAUAGAGGAUGCUGUGAAGGAGGCCCUGCCGCUGAUCAGUAACGCCAUGCUGAUUGGAGACAAGAGGAAGUUUCUCUCUAUGCUGCUCACCAUUAAGUGCCAGGUGAAUGCAGAGACGGGCGACCCAGAGGACGAGCUCACACCAGAAGCUGUUGAGCUGUGCAGGAAGCUGGGCAGCAACGCCACGCGAGUCUCCGAGAUCGCAGGCGGCCGAGACCGGGCUGUCCACGCCGCCAUCCAGGAGGGCAUCAACAGAGUCAACGAGAAGGCGACCUCCAACGCACAGCGCAUUCAGAAGUGGAUCAUUCUGGAUCGGGAUUUCUCCGUUUCAGGAGGAGAGCUGGGCCCAACCAUGAAGCUGAAACGUCCGGUGGUUGUAAAGAUGUACAAGGAGCAGAUUGAGAACUUUUACAAGGAGCUGGCGACUCCAACGACCCCCGACAACCCGCUGCCUCCCAAAUAGAGCUGCUCCUCUACCUGCAGGGGGAUCCAGACUGAGUUAACAUGCAGACUCACCUCAUUCAGCCAACCAUUUUUCUCUUGUACAAAAAAACAUUUUGAUUGCCUUAAGUUUUGGUCGUUCUGUCUUGGUUUACAUGUGGGUGUUGUACAAAAUCGAAAGCUGAGAAAGAAGCCAUUGUAAAAUAGCUUUAUGAUUUUGAAGACAUAAUUGUUAAGCUGAAGUCAACUAUUUAUUUGGAUUAUAAUAACGGUAAUAUCUGCAGCAGGUGGAUGUAGGAAAAGUUGUUUAUUGCACUGUGUUACUUGACAUAAAGAGACAGAAUCCAAAAAUAGAAGUUUAUUGGAUAUUUUUAGAGAAGUAAUUUGUGUUUUUGAACAUGUUUUUCUUAAUUUAUUUUCAGUUUGCCAAAGUUUACAUGGGCCAAAAUGAGCUUCAAAUGAAGAUUGAAGAUUGAGUUUGUAAUUCAGCAAUCAUCUCCAAAUGUUUACUGGCCUUUUUACAUGUACUUGGUGGUUUGUUCUUGCCUUUGUUUUCUGCAAAGGUAGUUGCAGAGACAGGGGUGUAUUUAAGUCUCAUAACUAAGCAUCCAAAUUUUGUUUUUCAUGCUGUUAAAAAAACAUGUCAUUGAAGCCAUAUCUAUUGCCUUUUGUAAUUGUAAAGUCAGUUGUUCUGUGUGCUGACUCGAUGCAGGCCGUUACACACCUGCCUGGUCCUGUUGAAAUGUUUUCCAACAGUCCCUCUACGUGUACACCUGCGAUGCUUUUUGUGGAAUAUUGUAAAUAUGUUUUGCUUCCAUCGUCUCUCACUUCUUAUUACCUAACACUUGAUUUUUCAGCCAUUCAUCCAGCAGCCCAGAAAUCUCAUGACAUGGAAAAAAACUGCACCUGGACUAAGAAAUGUAAAUAGAUUAGAUUAUAUGUAGCUCAAUGGCAAAUAUAUCAACUGGUCUGUUGCCAUCCCUUAAACAUCACACACAUAAAUGUUCAAAUGCUCGAAGUUUUAAUCUGGAGACCACACGUCUUUAGCCUCCUUGAAGACAUUUCAUACUUCUUCAAAGUAAAGGAAGUUUUAAAGUAAGAGAUUGUUGUACUCCAAAGAUCCUGUAUAUGAAGUAAUGUGUAAAUAAUAAACAUAUCGUAGGUAUUUGUAGCACUCUGCUGGUUGAAAGUGAAGGAGGGUUUGGCGGUGACGGUUCGCUUGAAGUAACAGGAAACUUCAGGGUAAACAAAACGGAGCAAUUUUGCUGUAUAUAAAAUUAAAUAAGGACAUGACGGUGAUUCAGUGCAUCUGGAUUAACCUGACCUGAAAGAGCUGUUAUUGUUAUAUAUCAGGGUUGAAAGAUGCAAAUGUGCAUGAAACUACAGGAGACAAAGGAAGAGGACCUGUUUCUGUCUACAGACAUGUGAAUGUUUGUGUGUUUUAUCAGUUAUGGAAUAAAAGUUGAAUAAGC